GUGAAAACGUUCACGCUAGUCACGCUGGUGCCAUUGUCGAAGAAAAUCUUGAUCGUGCCGCACCAAUUUUUUUCCCUGAUUUCCGCUUUGCCGUGACACUUUCGAGAGGCUUUACUGUUGCUACUUAUAUAUCGACGAAUUACUUUCAGUGAAUCGUCCAGAGAAGAGAACGAUAUCGAGAUACUCGUGAAUCAUAGAACGGGUUAUAGGAAACAUCCGAUUAUUAGAAUCGUUAAAGAUGUAUCACAAACGAGAAGACUUAUUGCGAGGAUCUUGUGUACCUUCGAGACUCGUGCUCGAUAGAAGCCGCACGACGAAAUUAAGGGAGUACGCAUGGUUGUUUCACGUGCGGAACUUCCGGUUGCUGAUCCGUACGAACACACACAAGCGACAAAUAGAUUGACGAUUGCCGAUAAAAAGAUAGAAACGGAUGGAAAGCGAGAGAAGGGGCAAGAGAAGAGAGACUCGAGUCGGUGUACACACAUAAUGUACGAGUCCUGAGAGGAGUCGGAGUCCCUCCCGGAGGCGCGGCGCCGCGCCGCGCCACGGCACGACGUUGUGACUAUAAGUAAGUCUCGCGCGGCGCGCCGCGGCUUAAUGCCGUUGCCGCGUUCGUGGCGCCAAGAGGAGGGCCCAUUGGCGACGAUAAGCCUCCUUCGUGUCCGGCACGAACGAGAAAAAGAAAGAGAGAAAAAACGGAGAUAGAUACACAGCAGUCAGCUUUCACCCGCGUUUCAGCAGUGAAUAUAUAUACCCCGUCGGGGUGUGGAUCGGAACAGUGUAGAUAAUACGUAGCUGUCAGUCGUAUCCGGCCAGUGUCAGUCUAGAGUUAGUGUCGGCGAACAGAGUGACCGAGUGUCGUUCGCGAGCCACUCAAUAACACCUAUCGGAAAGAUAAACUUUCAACCCUUAAACGUUAUCAUUCGGAACUCGAUGAGAUCUGUUUCGUACGUUCUCUCUCACUUACUAUUCUAGAUAAGUUAUCCAUGUUUUUUUUUUUUAAUUCCAUUUAAAUUCCAAUCACCACCGAAUCGAGGUUUAUGGUUGAAACAACUUUUUAAUCCUCUUACAAACGUACUCUUUGCUUCUACUUCAAGUGGAUAACCCUUUUAUUACCAAGUGAUUGUAAAAUUACUUGUGUCCUGUGAUUCGCGUAUUUUAUUAUUCGAUAGUAAUAAAAAUCGGUGCAAGUGUCAGACAUAGAGAGUAGUGACAAAGACAGAGAGGGAAGGUGAUUGGUAUCAAGGGGAUGCGCAUGGUCCGUCCGGACCGGAGAAGAUCACCUCUGUCGACGAGCACGGACCUUUCUACUGGCCCGUUUGGAUGGUGAUCAGCACGGAAGCGUUUUAACGUUCAAACAACCAUGUCGGGGCUGCUUUACACGCUUUUAGGGUUGGCGGCUAGCUCGAGCCUUCAUUGCGCAGUUCGCCGCGAGAUAAGCCCAUGCACCUGCCGACAGGAAGCGUUCUCCAGCACCGUUAUCAACCCGGCGCAGGCUGCUGUCGCUGCUGUAGCUGCCGCGGCUGCUGCUACGACCGGUAACAAUGCCGGUCACCAUGGACACGGGGAACGGAUCGAGGUCGUAUGCGAACGGAUGGACUCUUUCGAACAAGUGGCAGGGGCAUUAAGGGGCAAAUUCACCACCGAGCAACAAAUUACUUUGCGUGUUUCUCAUUCAAAUCUCAGGGAUAUAUCGCGGCAUGAUUUCAAAGAGCUGCGGAUGUCCAUUACGAAGCUCGAGCUGAAUCACGAUCGUCUAGGGUUCGUAGACGGCGAAGUUUUCGCGGGGUUGGGAAGAACGCAAUAUCUUAGUCUCGCGGAUAACGAAGUACCAUCUAUACCGAGACAUAUUCUGUCGCAUCUCUCAUUGCUGAGGACCCUAGAUCUCAGCAGAAAUCGGAUAAGCCGUAUAGACUCGGAUGACUUUAAGUAUAAUCCGACAUUACAGCAUCUCCUGUUGGCCGGAAAUGCGAUUUCAGAAAUGGUGCCAGGCUCGUUGCCGCCAUUAGUGAAGCACCUACACGUUGGCCGCAAUCAGUUACAAAGCCUGAAUCGAACGUUACGAGAUUUGAAUCAGUUGGAGUGGUUGCUAAUUAACGCCAACGAGCUCACGUCUUUAGAUGGCGAGCUACCGUCUUCUGGCCAUAACCUGAAGAUGCUCUACGCCGUGGACAAUAAAUUAACUCACUUGCCGGCAGAAUUUCGCUACUUACAUCGUUUGGAAAGUCUCUAUCUUCAGCACAAUAAGAUUCGCAGUCUCGAUGGCACGCUGCAAAAGGCUCGUAGAUUGAAGUUUCUCGAACUUUCGUACAACGAUCUGCAAGAGUUAACGGAAGAAGAUUUCCUAGAAGCAGAGAUGUUAGAAGAUCUAGAACUCGGACACAAUUCUCUAAAAUCGUUGGGUAGCGCGGGUAAUGGUAAUGGCGACGGAAACGGGGGCAACAGUGUCCUUUACCCUCUCAGGUCUCUCAAGUGUUUAAACUUGACGCACAACGAGCUUCGCGAGUUCUCAUUCGCGUCACUUCGUGGCCUGCGCGAGCUACGAUUGCUCGAUCUCUCGAACAACAGAAUCGCGCGACUCCACAGAGGAAGAACGCCGUCAGAGAAUUUAGUAGAAGAGGAAGGAGAAGAAACAGCGGGUGGAAAUAUUCAAGAUAUGCAACUGCAGCACAACGAGCUUCGAAGCUUGGACGGCUCGUUAUUCCUUGGAAUGAAGGAAUUACAGAAGCUGAAUCUCAGUUACAACGCUUUAGGACCGACGAUUGGACAGCGUGAUCUACGAGGCCUCGAUGGUCUCAAAGUCCUCGAUCUCUCUCACAACGAGCUUACUACACUUGAAGAUACGUCAGAGACGUGGCUUCCUUCCCUGGAGGAAUUGAACGCAUCGCAUAAUCGUCUGGUGACAUUGUCCGAGAGAGACUUCCGUGGAUUUCCUGUUCUCUGCUGGGCAGAUGUGAGCGCGAAUCGGAUACGUACUCUGAUGCCGGAACUCGUGGCGAACACACGUUGCACUGUUCACGGUGUGCCUGACGUGCUUCGCAUAUAUCUUCAAGAUAAUCCGGUGUUGUGCGAUCCUGGACUCGCAGACUUGACCGUGGCUUUCGAAGUCAAUCACGCGAAAGUCUAUGGUGUUGCCAAUAAUUGUCCAACGACCGUUGCAACUCCCACCGAGCAAACGUCGCCGCUUCCGCCGUUACCACCGACGCUGUUAUUAGCCGCCGCCGCGGCUGCUUCCGGAGGAAAUGUUUCUUUCGCCGCGACCCUCGAGUAGUCCAUUAGAAGUAGAAUGAGAAUCGUAGGACGCAAUCGAUGGGCAAAAGAAAGUUCAAACGGAAACGAAGAAGAAUGAAGAAACGGUCGAGAGGAAGAAUUUAUUCGAUUCGUGGUCGCCCGUUUGCGCGAGGCUACACAUGUAAUACAAACGAUGAUAGACAUACGUGAGAUGGACACGGUGACGUUGAAAAGCCCGUUCUAUUGAUCAUUGUGAUAAACCAGAAGUGUGAAAAAACGGGCGGUGUGAAUCUUGGUAUAGCCUCGCUUUCAAGUUCGACACGGGCGUUUUAGUUCGUUUAAUCUAAUCCGCUUGCGUAUACUUCUUGGAAGCAUCCAAAUAAAAAAAGCAUUGUAUAAUAAUAAUAGGAUAACACACACACACAUAUAUACAUAUACACGC